UCAUGGUUUGUCUUCCGUUCCAUCGAGUUGUUUGGAUUCUGGUGUUCUUACUUGUUGCUUCAUUGGCUCAAUCUGAUUCAAAUCCUCCGAUGAUGCGAUAUGGGCGUUCUUACAAAUCGUCAAUAUUUUCAUCUCCUUUUUUGAGAUCUGGAUCACUCAGUGAAUCGAAGCUCAUGCCCAGUCUGGAAUUACAUCAUCCGCUUGUCCUUGUCGUUCCCAUGGCCAACACAAUUUUGGAUCGAAGGCGUGACCAAAACGUUCUGCGGUCCAUUAAAGAGCUCUUGAUGGAUCGCGGACCCAUUCACCUGAAAGGAUUUUCAAGUGGCUCAACCUAAAGACGAAAGAAUUGAUAAUUGAAUGUUUAUGCAAUCUGAUGUCAAGUAAGUUCAAUUGAAAGGCCAAAGUAACAUUAUGAAAAUAAAAUGUGGAAUCU